CCAUGUCUGGAGCCACGGCCUCUUGCGAGCCUUUAUAUUGUGCUUGUACUUGGUUCCUCUUUUCUGUUGUUAAAAUAUGUGAUUGCCUGUCAGCUUGCAGCGAAGAGGAUGUGUGAGUGUGUGUGCAUGCGCAAUGAGGUCAUCAUGUUCUGGUCCAGCGAGUCUCGCAGGUUUCCUGAGUCUUAGUCUUGAGGACCGAGAAAACGAAGAGCUACAGGUGAGAUUUUAUUUUCAGUUCGUCAUUCCUGGUCAAGCGAACUCGUGUGUGUCUCAGGGAAGAUGUCAGCCGCCCUCUGGCCGGUGACUUCGCAGCCUUCGCAGCCUUCGCUUGAUCUCUCAGCUGAAUGGUCGUCUGGAAUCUGCGACUGUUGUGAUGAUAAAAGCGAGUGUUGUUUAGUCUGCUGUUGCUGUCCGUGCUUCGCCUGUGCGACCAGCAGAAAGCUUGGUGAGUGUCUCUGUCUUCCGCUGGUGGACGUCCUUGGCUGUGUCCCAUCAGGAACGCUGUCUGUGAGGGUGUCGGUCCGACACCGCUACGGUAUCCAGGGAAGCCUGUGUCGGGACUGCGUGUGCGCCACCUGCUGUCUUCCGUGUGUCUGGUGUCAAAUAUCCCGAGAGAUGAAAAGCAGAGAACUUCCUGCAGUGCUCGGCGACAUCAUCGGCCGGAGAUGACACGAGACACCGCCAUAGCUGUUAUUUAUUUACGUGUAUUUCAAUGACAAUGAUGCGUUGUUACUGUUCCGUCACUGUUAAACAGUUCGAUUUGACGAUAAAGGCGGAUCCAAGAUCGACUCUGACGUCAUCACUUACGCGCCAUUAUGAUCUGAAUUCCCUGAAUCCUCUCCAGCUAUGAAUUAACUAGAAUAUGUGUUUCUUCAUGUUAAAAUGACUUAUACGUCAAUACAUUUCUAAUAAGUGAAGGUGGUCGUGCGUCUCCAGUCACUAUUGUUUUGGGAGAGUGUAAAUAUUGCUUGUGCGAUGAAU